UAUUGCUAUAAUGGCUAGAGGGGAAUCAUACCAGGUAUACUACCACGACGGCUAUACAUAUUCCAACAGCGAUAUGAUUAAUUUGCUGGGAUUGAAGAAAUUCCUCGUCGUCGAUCUGCAAGUGUAUGCAGGGGAGCUGCAACGAACCUUGCAUAAAGUGGAGCUCGCCAUAGAACAGAUGGACAGGGAAGUGCAACAGCUGGAGGAGAGCCGCGUGGGCCGAGUAUUCAGCGCUUUCAAGCAGUUUGCCCUUCUGCGACACCUGCACUUGGAUUGGCCGCAGUGGCUGCGAUUUAUGCGAAAGGAGGUGGCCCCAGAGUGGCAGAAACACGCGCAGGCACUACGACCGUAUUUACCCUCUAAGGUCGAUUUUGUGGAGGCCUGCAAGGCUAUAUAUAUCCUGAUCGAUGUCUAUGGGUUGUCCGUCGGUGACUUUUCCCGUGGUCUGAUCAAUGGAAAGCAAUACAAAUCCAAAAGAUUCGGUGCAAUGGACUGUUUUGCUCUAGCCCGACAUGGCUUUGAGCGGAGAUACUUUGACCUGGCCGAAGCUUGGUUUGAGGCCAUAGCGCUGACCUCCGACAAUGAUGAGAUCAACCGGGUGUUGGGCUACAGUUGGGCUCUUGUUCUGCAGCUCUACGCCAGAAACCUUUUGAACAUGAACAAGAAGGAGCUCGCUCUAACAGUGCUGCAACGGGCUUCGACCCUUGGAAUCGACGACCAGAGCAUCCUUCGCCAAUUGGAGCUCCUGGAGAGAGGCGAUCUGAAGCCGACACAAGGAACAAGGCAGUUAAAGAUGAUCAAUUUUGAGCACUACGUCAGGGGUUGCCGCGGCCUCUUCGACCCGCCCAAAGGUCUGAGCUGCCACUACGAUUUCCACACUCAUCCUGUGCUGCGGCUGGCCCCCUUCAAAGUGGAGCCCCUCAGCCAGGACCCGUACAUAGCCAUGUAUCACGAUGUGAUCUAUGACAGCGAGAUUGAGGAACUCAAGGACAAUGCUUUCCCAGAUAUGGAGCGCAGCAAAGUCUACACUUACUCGGACGAGGACAGUAAGAACACUGGUCGCACCUCCAUGAGCGCCUUUCAAACCGACCACCAAUACAAGGCCGUGACAAAGGUCAAUCGCCGUGUGAUGCACAUGACCGGUUUCGAAGUGCUCGCAGAUGGAUCUUCUGAUGAAUUGCUGGUUCUCAACUACGCCACUGCCGCACAGUACUUGACACAUUCUGACUACUUUGGACCCGCAUAUUCAGAAUAUAUUCAACGUGGCGACAGGAUAGCAACAGUUCUCUUCUAUUUGAACGAUGUCGAACAGGGUGGCAAAACGGUGUUUCCACGUCUGGGGAUUUUCCGCAGCCCCAUGAAGGGCAGUGCUGUGGUCUUUUACAACAUGAAUAGCAGUCUCCAAGGUGACCCGAGAACCGAGCAUGGGGGCUGCCCGGUGCUGGUGGGCACCAAAUGGGCUGCCACAAAAUGGAUUUACAGUGCCGAGCAAAUGUUCCGAUGGCCAUGUGUGGACCCCAAAUAGGCUAUCAUAUAUACAUAUAUAUACAAAUAUUGCUGUUUGUCCUAUGUGUAACUCAUAUCAACUCAUUCUGUUCGCUUAUACGGAGAUAUAAGCUUUUCGGAUUUGCAGACUUUAUUCGAGAAUAUUUCAUUUAUGUUAUAGCAAUACUACUAACUAUAUCAUGACCCAUAUGUAUCGGAAGAAAUUUCCCUUCAAAUGUCACACGA